UUGGUCUUACCUUUGAAUAGACAUGCACAGGACUGUAAUGUGAAUCAGCGUGACAUGAGAGUUGAUUGCAUUCAUUUUCUCAUAGCCACUCUGAUUCAAAAAUCACUCCCAUAACAUUUACAUGAUAUUGUAAUAAGAAUCUUUUGAUUAUCCAAGCUGCCACAUCUGAGCAGCUUUGAAGAUCACAGUCUUUGAUCCACCUACCCUAGAGCAACUAAAGCAGCUCUUCUACCACCAUGCAUUUAAAGUUUUGGCAUGCACCAUUUAAGACAACUCAAGUAUUUCUAUGCUGCUGAGUCAUGGAAGAAGAUAGCACUGUGGGCCUCACUAUCUUCUGAAUGAACCAUGCACAGGAUUCCUCUAUUAGUAAUUGUGAGUGUGUAAUCAUGUGGUGGCGAGGAGUCAUUACUAAAUCAAUGCAGAAUAAAGGUUACAAUAUUUCCUCCCCAACCAGGAAAAUUAAUUAGGAUGCAACAGCAGAAAUUGCCAUAGACACUCAAGCACAAUAAUUAAGUGCUGACAAUACAGUGAUUUAUAUUGCAGUGACUAAUAGUACUAUGACCCACUGAGAAAGGAAGAAACUCUGGUAAUUGGAGUCCUUGAGAGUCUCUGUUACCAUUGGCUAAUCUUUUGAGGGUCACAUGCUCAGGGUUUCUUUUUAAAGUCAUCAUCUGGCUGUAUAGUAGAGGUGCUGUGCUCUUUGUGGUGCUUAGUUAAACUUGUAAGAAGUUCCUCAGGAGACUUAGUUAAUCCUACACCAUGUGUGAACAAUUUUUGGGAACCUGGAAGCUUGUUUCCACUGAAAAAUUUGAUGACUAUAUGAAAGAACUUGGCGUGGGCUUUCCCACCAGGAAGUUGGCUGGUGUUGCCAAGCCCAAUGUGAUCAUCAGUUGCAAUGGAGAUGUUAUAACCAUCAAAACAGAGAGCAGUUUAAAGAACACUGAGAUUUCCUUCAAACUGGGGGAACCGUUUGAUGAGACCACAGCAGAUGACAGGAAAGUAAAGAGUAUUGUAACAUUAGACAAUGGGUCACUCAAUCAGUCGCAGAAAUGGGAUGGCAAAGAGACCACAAUAAAAAGAAAAAUAGAAGAUGGAAAGCUGGUUGUGGAGUGUGAAAUGAACAACGUUGUCUGCACCAGAGUGUAUGAGAAAGCAUGAAGAUAGACUCCUUCCCCUGUGUGGUUAGUGGGACACAGAAGCAGAAGAGUUAGCUGGUUCGGGAUGCAGAGCCCCACAAGGCAGUUGCUUUCUCCAAAGAACUGAUAUGUUAUUGAUAGAACCGUUCCCAAAGAACCUGUAUACAGUAUUCAACCUAAAAGUAUGGUGACUAUUCAAUAAAAUGCUUAAUGAU